UUAUCGCGGUAUUAAUCCAGGCGGCAAUUUUCAGACCAUAAUUCUAAAUUGUAAAAAGAAAUGGUUUCCGUGCAUUUUAAUGCCAUAAAGAUUGCUUUACGCAAACAGUAGUCAUUCAAAUCCGUGUCUGUCUUCGAGAAAUGAAUAAAUAGCCACUUAACUGCCAUCAGUAAUAAAGAAAGCUAUUUAUAAUCGUUGUCUCGACCAAUUUCGUGGGUCACGUAUGCCAAUUACACCAACAGAUCGGAUACAGACACGAUUAAAACGUCGCGCAACCUUGUACCUCUUUACAAAGCGUUUUUCUCUCGCCCCGCAAAUAAUAUCCAAAAGCGGUAUAAGCUGUAUAUUAUCCCUGAUGAACGCAGGGCUCGUCAUCUGUGCGACCGAAGCGGAAAUUUCGUAUGUUCUCCACAUCUCUUGAAGGAGCUUGAGAGUGGAAACCGAUCUCUCAAGUGUGUAAAGCGAUACAGUUGACGCAAAGCAAGCGUACCGGAUUUGCCUCACGUGAAAACAUCAAUAUAUUUAAAACUGCUCUUGACAGCUGGCAUAUUAAUGCAAACGAGCCUUGUUUGAUUAGCAAAGAACUGAGUCCAUACAAACGACAGUUCUGUCACAAUUUUACACAAGAAAAGUGGAUUCUAGAAGUGGAAAGGUGUAAGCCUGAGUCAGCUGUCUGUAUUUUUGCUACCAAGUCCCCUGGGAGAUACAACAUUGCAAGCAUAAACUGAGCGAUAGCCGCCAAAUAAUUUUAUGCCGAGAACAAUGCCGCAUACGCAACCGCCUGUGAGAGGGGGCAGUGGAGCGAAUUGUAAUGAUUAAUUUAAACCAUGUCAUGUCAUCAAGAUCUCUCGAUUAUUAUCGUGAAAUUCGAUUAGUGUAACACAGAGUUCCAAAGCGAAAAGUAACACGCGAGACGCACGAUAACAAGCUGGCGUGAAAGAAGACACGAAGGCAAUACACAUCACGAGAAGCGUGUUAGAAGAUUAAUUGUUUAGUCUGCACAAUCAACUUUAUCGAUUUGCAGGAAGGAAAAACGAUUUGGCCCCGAGUGGUGAGUUUGCGUAUCACUGGACUGUCAAUUACCGUUGUUUUCAGCGCUUCGUUGUCGAAGUGGAUUUCAACGGCUUCCAUAUCUGACUCGGAAGAGAAAAUCGUGCUGAUCUGACCACAACAUGGAACCGAGUACGGUUUCAUUUGAUCAUUGUUGAUACAUAAGAACCCCUCUCGAACACAAACACGGAAAAUGCCGAGUUAAACAACGAGUCAAAUCUGCGUCGACUGAACCUCAAACACGACAUCUUCGGGACAUGAUCAGCCUCUUCUCUUGUCGCCCACUGGGAUCACGAUCAAACGCACUGGGAGCUGACGGCGAGUGGGAUUACCAACGAGUGAACUUCAACAUACACACGCCGACCUACUCUGUCAAGUACCUGGGUUCCCAACAGUUGUGCAGUCCGGGUUUCGCGGAGAUCUGUGACACCGUGAAAGCCAUUUUCGCCCAAGAGAAACCCAGGCUGAAAUCUUUGGACCACUACUCGCUGAAGCUGACCAAAGAGGAGCUGUCGCUACGCGACAGGGAUAGUACGGAAGACGAAGAGAAGGUCUUUCUGCUCCGGAGGAUUCGAUUCAGCGGAGUGUCCAAAGCUUAUCAGAGAGUCUUCUUCUUCACCUAUCAGUUCGGAUCAAAAGCAGCAUCGGUGGAAUGCAAUGUAGUGUUGUGCAAGAGCAACAAAGAAGCCAAGAGUUUGGCAAAGGUAAUAUCGAAAGCCUUCGGGGACGCGCGUAGCGAGUUUCAUCAUCAGGAGGUGGCGAGCAGAAAACUUCACGCCGAAGGGUUGAGCGAGAACAGCAUAUCGCAUCUUCAUGUGGACGCGAUCUCAAAUGUCGAAGCUAAUAGACAGUAUUACAACAUGAGUGCUUUUAAGAAUUCUCGCAGCAACUCUGCGGCUAGCGCGAUUAGCUCAGACUUUCGCUCCAAAAGCCGGACCCCAGAUAAGCUUAAACGAAGCAACCAGUCCUGCCAUUUGGGUGCGAGUAUAGAAUGGGAGAGAACGGAAAGUUCGCUUGACACGAGGCAGAGCGACGUAGAAAAGACAUCGACUAGCGGCGAGACAUUUGGUUGUACUUGCGAGAAAGAACCAAUUGUCAAAAUCGAAUCUUUGAGUACUACAACUGUCAAUGACAAACAAAUAAAUGAGGUGCCCGGGUGCUUGGAAAUUGCAACCGAACAAGAGCUCGACGAUGGAGCAAGCAACGACCUAGACAGUAACGAUUUUGCGCGGAGUAGUUCAACUCUAGCAGCUGAAGAAAAAGAGGCUCAACCACUUGGCAAUCACAACAGCAAAGCUAGUUGCGACUGGUCCAUGGUCUCCGGCCUCGAGGAAACCUCGAUAUAGCAAGAUGUCGGCAGUUUAUUGUUGAAUGUUGGAUAAUUUUAACACGACAAAACAACACUACUUGGUGGUUAGUUUUGAAUAUUACUUCGUCGGAAGGCGUCAAGUGGCAAUUUUUACAAGAUAAGCAUUUGCAACAAAGAUAGCUUCAGCCAUUGUAUACAUUCGUCACGUCUUAUUUCGGAGAAGUUUCCCGAUUCAGAGAAAGAAAAUUCAGAUCGAACAAAGAGGGUUGUUUAUGGCGGCAUUCGCGAAAUGAGUGACGAAGAAAGAAGUAAACCGCGUAUUAUUUUAUUAUGCCCUUAAGUUCGCCUCUUAACGCUACGGACAAUAGACUACAAAACAGAUUACAGAUAUGCAAACAUUCGUUUGUUAAUCUGUCAUGGCUGAGCGAACUAGUCGAAAUUCUUCAACUUUUAGCGGGUGAUCAUGUCGCCUUGCGAAGCGCACUAAGUACAUAAAUUAACUCAAUUGUACCGCACAGCGGCGAACUUCAAUUUUGUAAAAAGAGCACAUUCACAGAUCCGACACUAUUAAACUGCGCGAGAUUUAUCGAAAGAUUUGGGACGCGAAAGCCCACAAUAUUGUUUUCAAUCGCUCGGUUCCUGUGUGCUCAACUCAUUUAUUCAAGAGUCAUUGUCACUAAAUGCAAAUAUGAUUGAAAUGUGGACUCUUUAGGAGCGUAGGAGUUGGUAGGACAUUAUUUGUCUUCUUGGCAACUCGAUGUCCGGACAUUUCAAAUACUUUUUGUUCCGUAAUUGCAUCGCACAAAUAAUCGAUCGUUGUUCUUUAGUGUUGUUUAACUUUUGGCCCCGUCAAGCCAAUAAUAGUGUUUACGUUGCGAAUUCUUUGUGUUUGGAAUCUAUUAACUAAAAUAAAAGACAUGACAUCAGCCAA